GCCCGAGGCAUUUCUCUCCAUCCCCAUCUUUCCAAACCUAUUGGGUGAUAACUUAUGAUUAAUUUGUUCCCCGCAAUGCUAUCGACCCGUGGUUUUGUGGCCUGUCUGCAGACCGCGGUCACAUGGACGAUGCAUGUCUACAACGCUCAGCCUCGCCACCCCGCACGAUGCGACUUGACACUCUGAACAGAUCUCGCAGCCCGGGUAUCAGUCGAGAUGGCGGAGGCACUUGACGUCGCUUCCGGCGUUAUUGCGGUCGUCGAUAUGUCGGCCAAAGCGCUCGGCCUAUGUUCUCAAUACGCCGGAGCUGUCAAGAACGCGAAAGCAGACAUCGAACUGCUCGGCAAAGAAGUUGCGGAUUUCCUGGCCACGAUACAGAACCUCCAAGAGCUCCUCAAUGGGCCUCGUGGGAAGGCGCUCGAAUCGUCGCAGGACGUGUGCAGCGCGAUCAGUGAUGCAGUCUCGACACUCGCAGCCCUAGCUCAAAUGCUUGUGCCUGCGACGAGUCGCAAAGUGAUGAGCCGCGUUGGGGUGCGGUCGCUGACAUGGCCGUUCAAGUGGAAAGACGUGGAAAAAAUAAUCCAGCAGCUAGCGCGCUGCCGUGACACCAUCUCGCUGGCGCUGAGCGUUGAUCAGAUGGCCUUGAUCCAGAACGUCGACCACAAGCUCGUCAUCGACAGGCUCCGUAUCGCGGAAGGAGCGUCAUUUGACUCGCACGCCGAAGCGAACAAUCCGACAUGCCUACCAAACACCCGCGUCGAGCUGCUCGAAGACGUGUCCCGGUGGAUCGCGGAUCCCAACUCCAAGACAAUAUUCUGGCUCAACGGCAUGGCGGGGACGGGAAAGUCGACGAUCGCACGCACCGUGGCUCGUACAAGGUCCGACCAUGGCGACCUUGGUGGCAGCUUCUUCUUCAAGAGAGGCGAGGCGGAUCGGGGCAAUCUCGCCAAGUUUAUACCUACGCUCGCGCGUCAGCUGGCCUCGAGGAUGCCCGGCAUCGCACCUGAUAUCAAGAACGCAAUCGACGCAGAUCCAGGUAUCUGUGGGAAGACGGUCAGGGAGCAGUUUGAGAAGCUCAUCCAGGAGCCCCUAUCGAAAGCAAUUGAGGCGAUAAAAGUUCCAUCCUGGAUUGUCAUGGUGAUCGACGCGUUGGACGAGUGCGAGCGGGACGAGGAUAUUCGACUGUUGAUUCGCAUUCUCUCACGCACACCUGCGUUGCGGUUUCGUUUGCGAGUAUUCUUAACAAGCAGACCAGAACUUCCGAUCCGACUGGAAUUCAGCCAAGUCAGAGACACCUACCAGGAUGUAAUCCUCCACGAAAUCCCCUCGAAAAUCGUCGCAAAGGAUAUCCAGACGUAUCUGGCGGAGGAGUUCAACCAAAUGCGAGAGGACUUCAACGCUGCUGCGAGAGAGGAUCGGAAGCUGCCGCCCGAUUGGCCAGGCCAUGAGUCUGUGGCAGAGCUCACGAAGAUGGCUGUGCCUCUAUUCAUUUUUGCUGCUACCCUGUGUCGUUUCAUCGGCGAGCGCAGAUGUGGCAGCCCCCCGAUGCAGUUACGCAAGGUCCUGGACCACGGCAAAUCGAGUAGUGGCUCUCAAUUUGAUCUGACCUAUGGGCCUAUCUUGAGAUCACAGCUGGAUGGCCAACUCUCGGAGGAUGACAGGGCACAGAUCAUCCAGGACUUCCGACUUGUGAUUGGCACGAUCAUCACGCUUGCGGAUCCGCUUUCCGCGAGCUGCCUCUCACGACUGCUUGACACCCGUCCCGACGUUGUCGAUACCAGAUUGGAUAUGCUCCAUUCAGUCCUGAGUGUUCAGUCGGACGAUUCGCCGGUGCGGCUGCUUCACCUGUCGUUCCGAGACUACCUCGUGGAACCAGACCAGGAGGCGACGAACGCGUUCUGGGUGAAUGAGAGGUCAGCGCACCAGACUCUAGCCCAGAACUGCCUUCGCGUGAUGGCCGCUCGUCUCCGAGAGAACAUAUGUGGCAUGUCGUACCCGGGAAUGCGCCGAUCCGCAGUCGACUCGCAGCGUAUUGCUGAAGUCCUGCCGCGGGAGGUGCAAUAUGCGUGCCGGUUCUGGGCGCACCAUUGGACGGCGAGCAGCUGUGGAGAGAACGACGGAAUGGCGGUGUAUGGUUUCUUCAAGGAGCAUCUGCUGCACUGGGUGGAAGCCAUGAGCCUGCUGGGGCGUGCGCGGGAAGUCAUUGGCAUGUUGCGGCAGACGGCAUGGUGGAUUGGCGUAAGUUCACCUCAAAGACGCCCGUUGAAGGUGCUAAUAUGAGUGCUGUAGGAGAGGGAUUACCAGCCGCUGUCGACCUUCCUGGCGGAUGCGGUCCGAUUCGUGAAGGCGAGCUUCGCGGCAAUCGACGAGACUCCGCUGCA